UAAAUAUUUAUUCACAUAAUGCAGUUUAAGCUUAAAUCGUUAUUAUUAAUGGUUGCCACCAUCAUUGCAGUGAAUCGAUUGCCCGUUAACUGGGCCAGAUCUAUAGCAUCUCCAAUCCAUCUCUCCGAGUCAACGGCGAGCAGUACGGUGUCAUGGAUUUCAAAUGCAUCCACGGUUUCUUCGAGGGUGAACAGGGUAGUGUCAUUGGUUUCAAAUGCAUCAAUUGGUUCGAUACCAGAGAGCACCACUGAUAAUGAUGGCGUUGUGUUGCACAUCAAGAGGCGCAGGGAGGCGCAUUGCCCGCCGGCACCGGAGGAUUUGGAUAUUAUACACGCGCCCUGUGACAUGGACGCGCCAGAACUGAGCAAAUAUAUUGAAACUUUGCCCAAUCAAUGCAUCUGCGCUUACAAUUCACGCCACGACUCCGAAGUCGAAUAUCGCAAGUUUAAAAUGCUGCAGUUAGAGGCAUUUUUCUUUGGCCAAUUCUCGGAGCGUUUUAAGCGUUUCGAAAUUGAUCCACAUAAUUUCGAGGGAACUUAGUAAUGAACUUUCCUUGAAAGAAAUGUAAGCGUAAGCGCAAAAAGAAAUAUAAACAAGAGUUGCAA